AUGUUCGAAAUUCUGGAGGCGGACAUUGUGAUCAUACAAGAGACCAAGAUACAGCGCAAAGACCUUCGCGAUGACAUGGUCCUCGUCCCCGGCUGGGACGUCUUUUUCAGCCUCCCAAAACACAAGAAAGGAUACUCGGGUGUCGCAAUCUACACCCGCAACGCAACAUGCUGCCCGAUCCGCGCCGAGGAGGGCAUCACAGGCAUCCUCACUGGCCCCAACUCCACCACCAGCUUCCGCGACUUGCCCGAGGCUCAGCAAAUCGGCGGCUACCCGCGACCGGACCAGCUGUUAGGCGAGGUGGACGAGGCGACGCUCGACUCCGAGGGCCGUUGCGUUGUGCUCGAGUUCCCGGCCUUUGUCCUGAUUGGCACCUACAGUCCGGCGACGCGCGACUCGUCCCGCAACGAUUUCCGGCUGGGGUACCUCAACGCUCUCGACGCGCGGGUGCGGAACCUCGUGGCGGCGGGGAAGCAGGUCAUCCUGACCGGGGAUUUGAAUGUGAUUCGCGACGAGAUGGAUACCUGUAACGUCAGGGAGGCACUCCGCAAGGAGGGCAUGUCAGUGGAGGAGUGGAUGGGAAUGCCGAGUCGGCGGCUGUUCAACCAUCUCGUCUUUGACGGGCAAGUCACCGGUGAAAGGGAUGAAGGACGAGAAACGCCGGUGCUUUACGAUCUGACACGGAUCUUCCAUCCCACACGGCUGGGCAUGUUUACAUGCUGGGACACAAAGAGGAACACGCGACCAGCCAACAACGGUAGCCGGAUCGACUACAUCCUCUGCUCCGCCGGCAUCAAGGACUGGUUCACGGACUCCAACAUCCAGGAGGGCCUGAUGGGAUCAGAUCACUGCCCCGUGUACGCAAACAUGGCCGACACCGUCAAGGCCAACGGCAAAGAUACGUCUGUGCUGGACCUCAUGAACCCCGACGGCAUGUUUCGGGACGGCAAACGGCUUAGGGAAUGGUCGGCCAAAGACCUGCUCCCUCUAUCUGCCAAACUCAUCCCUGAGUUCGACCGGAGACGGAAUAUCCGCGACAUGUUCAUGAAAAAACCCGCCGCAAAACCUUCGCCAAACCCAGCUUUGAGUGCCGUCGAGUUGCAAAGUCUCGUUUCCGAGGAGCCGCCCACGCCCCAAGAGAAAGAAAAUCCGGAACCCUCGCAACAAGAAGCAUCGGAGCCACCAGCGUCGCAAGCAUCCGUCCAGUCGAACCCUGUCAAGCCGUCACUUGCCCCUUCAACCACAAGACCCCCAGCCUCACAAACAAAAUCCCCCGUAAAGCGAGUAUCAGAGACGACAAUGUCAACGAAACGUCCCGCAAAGAAGACGAAAACCACCGAUACCGAUUCCUCCUCUAAGCAAAGCACCCUCACAGGCUUCUUCAAACCCAAGCAACCGCCCCCAAAGCCGAUACCCACCGAGGCCGACCCGACGAGGCCAAACCAGCUAUCGCCCACAAACAACAGAGGUGCAGCAGGCUCAGGCGGUGGCCUGAGCCGCCCAUCCCUAUCAGGGAUAUCAAAGACUCCCCCUCCUCCCUCCGUAGGCGCAGUAGCCGCAGACGCCCCGCCGCCACCGGCCCCUUCCCCGUCACUCUCCGCAACCAAUUCCGUCGCUGCGUUUGCGGUUGCAUCUGCGCUCGACACCUCGGAAAAGGUCUUUGACCCUAUCGAGGUCAAGGAGUCUUGGUCCAGGUUUAACCUGGGGAAGAGGGUCGUGCCAAAGUGCGAGCAUGGAGAGCCCUGCAUCAUCCUCCAGACUAAGAAGCCGGGCGUCAACUGUGGCAGGUCGUUCUACAUUUGCCCCAGGCCGCUCGGAAAGUCGGGGGAAAAGGAGAAGGGAACGGAGUGGAGAUGCGGGACCUUCAUCUGGAGCAGCGACUGGAAGAAGGAUCAGUCCUAG